AACACACUAACGCAUAUAACACACGAUAUAUAUAUUUUACACACGAUGCCAAUAAAUCUCAAUAUUACCGUCGGGACGAUCUUCCUCCUCCUCGGCGUCUCAUGCCAAGGCGCGGCAGCGUUGAUGCCUUCUCUCAGUGAACCCUGCAUGGUGACAGAUUUUCCGGCAUUAUGCAGAGGCACCAUUAAUGGUCAAACGAAUGUGAACGCAGCCACUGAUGUGGCAAUAAGAGAGCUAAUGAAGCGGACGAGGCAUGCGAGAGAUAUCGCCAAGAAAGAGCUGAAAGUGCUUGACGGAGGAGUCGCGACUUGUUUGUCCAACUUCAAUAGCGCGUUUGAUAAUUUGGACAAGGCACUUAAGAACGUUAAGGAAAAUGAUGGUUUUAGCCUCAACAUUAACCUUAGCGCUGCGUUAACUGACUACGAUACUUGCAGCGAGGCAAUGAAGGGAAGUAAGGAGAUUAACGUCGUUUAUAAAUCAGCUGGCGUUUUGUACAAAAUGGCUGAUAAUUGCUUGGCGCUUUCUACCCUCGUUAAGCUUUAAUUUAUAAAGGAUAAAUGCGGAUUCGGAUUAAGAAAAAACAUAUUGAUUAUAUGGGUCUAUUUGUUUGUUCUAAGUUUUCUACAAUUUGGACGAAUUUCCUAGUAAAAAAAUAAAGGAAUAAACAGAGGAGGAAGAUCUUUUGUGUGUAUGUAGAUGGAAAAUGUUUGGACAUCAGGUUCUAACUCAAACAUACAUGUCAUCAUGACAUUAGUAAGAAUAUAGCAGUGUGAUACCGCUGAAUGAUUAUAAGUUGUACCACGAUACCAAUCAAUACCUUGCGUAAAAUAUUAACCCUCAAAACUGCAGUGCUGAAUCAACAGUUGAAGACAGCUUAAGCUACGGCUGUUAUUUUGACGCGGACCAAGCUAGCUGAACCGAACUGAUCCGACUUUUUUUUUUGUUUUUAAUUUAGGUUCGGUUACGAGUUCGGUUCGAUUCAAUAACAUUCUGUGUGAACCGAACUAAUAAAACGAACUGUCCAAACCGAACUAACCAAACGAACCGAACUCAUGGCUAGCUUACACAUUUGAGAGUAUUAGCGUUGGGCUAAAUAUCCGUAAAUUUAAAUUUGAUCAGUUAUCUGCUUCGAUUUAGUCCAAAAAUCCACAUAUCUGUUAUUCUGUGAAACAAAACAAAUACUAAUAUGCAAUAUAUAAAAAAACAAACUACAAAUACUUAUAUUUUAGGAAAUAUGUAUUCACUCCUAUCUGUUAUAUGCAAAUAUAUACAUGUAUUAAAAAGAUAUAAAUUAUAUAAUUAUUUUAUUUUUAUGUAAGUUUUACGAUUUUCAGUUAAAUUAAUUAUUUAGUUAUUAGUGUUUUAAAAUAAACAAAUUUUAUUUCUAGUAAGAUAUUAAUAUUUUGUUCUAUUUUUAAAUUAAAAUUUUAUUAGUAUAGAUUAAAUCAGAUACUCAAUCAAAAAUGUAGAUUAUCAGGACACCUAGCUAAUAUCUGAAUAAUUUCAGAUAAAAUCGGAUAGGAAAAUUUAUAAUCCAAAAGAAACAGAUCGAGUAGAAUAACUCCAAAAAUUUGGAUAUUAGCUCCCUGCCCACCCUGGAGUGUACUGAGGAGUCAAGAAGAUGAAACAGUGGAAACACACAAACCUGCGUGUAAAAGAAAGAGGAUGAAAC